CUCCCACCCGCAGCGACCGGGGCUGGUUUAUAUGCGGAAGCUUCCGUUCCGCUCGGUAGAACACUGCGAAACGGAACCCGCCGAACCUCAGUCCGCUUUCUUCAGAGCCAAAACAGCGUCUUCAGGCGAGGUGCAUCAUGAGCAGCAGCUACAGCGUUUCCCUGCCCGGCCCUGCUCCGUGGGGCUUCAGACUGCAGGGGGGAAAGGAUUUCUGUAUGCCCCUCACCAUCUCCCGACUUACAGAGGGGGGCAAAGCAGCCAGUGCUCGCAUGAGCAUUGGAGAUGUCAUUCUUUCCAUCAAUGGCAUUUCUACUGAAAGCAUGAACCACCUUGAGGCCCAGAACAAGAUAAAAGCCUGCACAGGUACCCUCAGCCUCACUCUGCAGAGAGUCUCUGCUGUUUCUAAAGAAGAAGUGCACAAGGAUGAACCCCAAGAGAUCAUUAAGCCUGUGCCGAUCACUCAGCCUGUGGCGAGCACCGCGUACACCAAGCCAAUAACUCAGGCCAGUCCCAUAUCCAACAAGACAGCUCGGCCGUUUGGAGGGAGCGGCGGUGGGUUUACUGCCUCCUCCCCAGCUUCUACCAAAGUCGCCUCUAUUCCCUCUGAGUCCUCAGCUUUCACCCCAGCCGCCCCCUCCCAGCCACCACACCCUCCCUUCCCACUCCAGUCCAGCCUUGCUCCACAACCAGCUCCGGCAAAUUCGGUCCAGAAAGCCAGCCCUGGUCGCUCUGCUUUCACCUCCCCAUCCGCCUCCUCAUCCUCAUCUACCUCCUCCUCUUCAGCCAGAGUGACACCCUCCCACCCGAAUGUCCCACAGCCUUCUGUCUAUAACACACCUAUCAACCUUUACUCCAAUGCCAAUGCUUCUGAGGUGGCCAUCGGACAGAGGCGGGGCCUUCUGGAGAGUCAGGGGCUCUCUGAGCUUGUCAAUGGGAAGCCAGUGGUAGAACCUGAGAAUCAUUCGUCAGCACCGAGUGACGCCAGCAAGAAGCGUGUGAUUGAAGACACCGAGGAUUGGCACCCUCGGACGGGCACCUCACAGUCCCGCUCCUUCCGCAUCCUCGCCCAGAUCACCGGGACAGAGAAUGAGCAAACUUCAGAAAAUGGUGGGAAAAACGAGGUAGUUGACACAAAGCCCACUGUGCACACCACACCCACAGCCAAAACCUAUUCCAAGUCUGCAGCAGCCCCAAGGAAUGGAAACAUCGCUGCUUCAACUUUUAAAAGCAGUCCCGCAGCCCAGAGUAAACCCUCCUUCCAGCCCGGAGGUCUGCCAGGUCUUCAAAAGAUGGCUGCAGGGCCUUCCUUUGGCAGGGUUUCUGUUCCGGCUCCCAAAGGACCAGACCGGCCCACUCCACAGCCACAUCCAGAGGACCUGAACUCUCUGGUGCAGCGGGCCGAACACAUCCCUGCUGGAACACGCACACCAAUGUGCUGCAAGUGCAACAACGUCAUCAGGGGUCCGUUCCUUGUGGCCAUGGGCAUGUCAUGGCACCCAGAGGAAUUCAACUGUGCUCACUGCCGCUCCUCCCUGGCAGAAUGUGGAUUUGUAGAAGAGAAGGACAAAGUGUACUGUGUGCACUGCUACGAGCAGUUCUUUGCGCCAACCUGUGCCCUCUGCCACCAGAAGAUCCUGGGGGAAAUCAUAAAUGCCUUAAAGCAGACCUGGCAUGUGUCCUGCUUCGUCUGCACAGCCUGCCAACAGCCAAUCAGGAGCAACGUGUUUCACAUGGAGGAUGGACAACCAUACUGUGAAAGAGACUACAACACCCUGUUCAACACCACUUGCCAUGGUUGCUCCUUCCCCAUUGAGGCAGGAGACAAGUUCCUUGAGGCUGUUGGGCACAUCUGGCACGACUCCUGUUUUGUGUGUGUGGCAUGCUGCACCAGUCUGGAAGGCCAACCUUUCUUCUCCAAAAAAGACAAGCUUUUGUGCAAGAAGCACGCUCACACAGUCAACAUCUAACUUGGGGAAAGGCACAAAUUAAAAAUUUCGGUUGGUUUGCAAGAAACUAGUCAGAUGUUUUCAUAUUUUCUGAGAUGCCAAAACAUUUUCCUCUAGAAUUUUAUCAGUGUGCUGUUUUUAUUUCUUUUUUUUCUUCCUAAACAUUAGAUAUUUCAGAUUUUAAUACACUUGUUUGGGGCUGGGCUUUCUUCAGGCAGAUUACUGCCACGACCUACUGAACCCUUGUGAGGAUGGAACAGAUGCUAUUGAGAUGUCCAGAUCAAGCACGACUAAAGCCACUGCAAUUCUGAUAUCCAGAUUAUUUAACUUUAAGGAAAACUCAUAUUUAUUUGUAAACAAAGGUGUUCAAUAUGUUUUGCUAUUAAAACGGGAAGUGUUCUUAAAAGUUCGUUUUCUUUUUAAAGUUUUAUGGUAUUACAUCAUUCCCAACAAAUAAUAUUGGUUACAGAUGUGUGCAAAAUAUACAGAUUUUGUUUAAUUAUCUUCAAAUUUAGGAUUAUUUAAAAAAAAAUAGUGUUGGCUUUUUUAUUUUGUAAUGUCUGCUUAUGAGUUUAACUGUUUUUUUGUAUUAAUGAACAUUUAAAUUAGAUGUUUUCGGUUUCAGGGACACAACUCCCUGUCCAUGCUGUACUUUCUCCAUCUUUUUUAUGCAAUAAUUCAAUAAACUUAAACAAUUUUUUUCUGUUGUUAUCAGA